AUGCGGCGCGUCAACCGCGAGCACGAGGGCAAGAUCUACGGCAUGUCGAAGCGCAGGCGGCAGCAGUUCCCAGCCAUCAUCGAGCGGAGGGGCGGGAAGCGGCGGGGACUUGGCGGUCGCGCAGGCGAUUCUGCGGACGCUGUACGGCGCCGUGCCGAAGAAUGUGGAUGUCUCGCGGACGCCGACGGUGUUCUCGCUGGGUCUGGGUCCGCUUUUUGCGAGGCAGGUUUGGAUUCACCAGGGCGAGGACGACGAUGCGAAUGCGUCCGCGCCUGGGCUGACGCACCUCGCGAGAGCGGUGCUGGGGCUGACGGUGUGCGCGCGGUGGGGCUGGAGAGCGUGUUUUGGGCAGAGUAUCUCGGUGCUGUGGCGGCUGUCAUGGUUGAUCUCGUGCCGGCGUGGCCUACCAGUGUCGAAGAGCUUGAGUCGACUUUGAGAUUCGAAGCUACGCAGACGUCGGACCCCGAGAAGAAGAGGGCGAGCAUCGAUUUGACCGUCCACGUUGCGCCUGGCGCGGCGGUCGGCAUCGAUCCCGCAGACGUCAUGGGUCGGUUGGCGAACGUUGGCAAGAAGCGCAAGGACGGGACGAAGCCGGACAAGAAGGUUUCGGUCAAGAUUGUGGAGAUGAAGUAG